UUCGCAAACAAGGAAGAUGAGGACAAAACUGAACACCUGCAAUGUACGUUCUCUGCUGCUGGUUUUCCUGGUGUGGGACCCAACCAGGUUGGUGCUGGCUAACAUCCAAGAAGAUGAGGCUAAAAAUAACAUUACCAUCUUUACAAGAAUUCUAGACAGACUUCUGGACGGUUACGAUAAUCGGCUUAGACCAGGACUGGGAGACAGUAUUACUGAAGUCUUCACUAACAUCUACGUGACAAGUUUUGGCCCAGUAUCAGAUACAGAUAUGGAAUAUACAAUAGAUGUUUUCUUUCGACAAAAAUGGAAAGAUGAACGUUUAAAAUUUAAAGGUCCUAUGAAUAUCCUUCGACUAAACAAUUUAAUGGCUAGCAAAAUCUGGACUCCAGAUACCUUCUUUCACAAUGGAAAAAAGUCAGUGGCUCAUAAUAUGACAAUGCCAAACAAGCUGCUUCGAAUUCAGGAUGAUGGAACCUUGCUAUACACCAUGAGGCUUACAGUUCAAGCUGAAUGUCCGAUGCACUUGGAGGAUUUUCCAAUGGAUGCACACUCAUGCCCAUUGAAAUUUGGAAGCUAUGCCUACACAACCUCAGAAGUCACUUAUAUUUGGACUUACAAUGCGUCUGACUCUGUUCAGGUUGCUCCUGAUGGGUCCAGGUUAAAUCAAUAUGAUUUGCUGGGCCAGUCUAUCGGGAAGGAGACAAUUAAAUCCAGCACAGGUGAAUAUACUGUAAUGACAGCUCAUUUCCACUUGAAAAGAAAAAUUGGGUAUUUUGUGAUUCAGACCUAUCUGCCUUGCAUCAUGACUGUCAUUCUUUCCCAAGUGUCAUUCUGGCUUAACAGAGAAUCUGUGCCUGCAAGAACUGUGUUUGGAGUAACAACUGUUCUAACAAUGACAACACUGAGCAUCAGUGCUCGAAAUUCUCUCCCCAAAGUGGCUUAUGCCACUGCCAUGGACUGGUUUAUUGCUGUUUGUUAUGCAUUUGUGUUCUCUGCCCUAAUUGAAUUUGCAACGGUUAAUUACUUCACCAAAAGAGGAUGGGCUUGGGAUGGGAAGAGCGUAGUCAAUGACAAGAAAAAAGAGAAAGGUUCCGUCAUGAUACAGAACAAUGCCUAUGCGGUGGCCGUUGCCAACUAUGCUCCAAAUCUUUCCAAAGAUCCUGUUCUCUCCACCAUCUCUAAAAGUGCAACAACGCCAGAACCCAACAAGAAGCCAGAAAACAAGCCGGCUGAAGCCAAGAAAACCUUCAACAGUGUCAGCAAAAUUGACAGAAUGUCUAGAAUAGUUUUCCCAGUUCUGUUUGGUACAUUUAAUUUAGUUUAUUGGGCUACCUAUUUAAACAGGGAGCCUGUAUUAGGGGUCAGUCCAUGAGUCUAAACAUUGGUUAUCUUUGGGCUAUAGUAACAUUACACUUUGUUUAUUUUGCUAUGUACAGUCUGACUAAUAACUGCUAAUUUAUGUCCCAAUAUGUACAGUAUGUAUAUAGUGAUAGA